GGCCACCGCCACCCAGUUCAGGGCAUGAGCAGCAUUCAUCAGCCUCCAUCUUCGAGCAUGUGGACAGGAUUUCCCGCCCCUCAGAAGCCAGUCGGCGGGUCCCCAGUAGGAUCCAACUAAUCGCCAUGCAGCCAAUCCCAGCACCCCCAGCUCAGCGCCCCUCACCAGCUGACCGAGUGGCAGAAACCAACAAAAUCAACAAAGAGAUUCAGACAGCGCUGCGGCACAAGUCUGAGAUCGAGCACCAUCGAAACAAGAUCCGUCUGCGGGCCAAGCGCCGUGGGCACUAUGAGUUCCCAGUGGUGGACGAUCUGUCUUCAGGCGACACCAAGGAGCGACACCGGGUGUACCGCAGGGCACAGAUGCAGAUUGACAAGAUCCUGGACCCCACGGCCAGUGUGCCCUCAGUGUUCAUAGAGCCCAGGAAGAGUUCACGGAUAAAACGUUCUCCUAAGCCACGCCGGAAACACCAGGUCAACGGCUACCCUCCCGAUGCUGAAAAGGACAGACUUAUCACCACAGACAGUGACGGCACUUACAAAAGGCCUCCCGGUGUCCACAACUCUGCCUACAUGGGCUGCCCGUCGGAUCCUGACCUCCCAGCAGAUGUGCAGACGCCAUCCUCAGUGGAGCUGGGGAGAUAUCCAGGCCUGCCUUUCCCAGCCUCCCAGUACAUCCCGCCCCAGCCGUCCAUCGAGGAGGCACGCCAGACCAUGCACUCCCUCCUAGAUGACGCCUUUGCCCUUGUGGCCCCCAGCAGCCAGCCUGCCAAUGCCACAGGUGCCGGCCCCGGGGUCCCACCUGGCUUGCCUGUGAACAGCACCCCAUCCCGGGAAGACAGGCGAGCCACCCAGUGGGGGUCCUUCUACAGCCCAGCCCAGACGGCCAGCAACCCAUGCAGCAGAUAUGAAGACUAUGGAAUGACUACCCCGUCAGGCCCGUUGCCAAGACCAGGUUAUGGCCCCGGUUUGCUGCAAUCUUCGGAGCUGGUGCCCUCAGAUCCCCAGCAGCCACAGGCGUCAGCCGAAGCCCCAUUUGCUGCCCGUGGGAUCUACUCUGAGGAGAUGCCAUCGGUGGCCCGGCCUCGACCUGUCGGGGGCACCACAGGUUCCCAGAUCCAGCACCUGACGCAGGUGGGCAUUGCUAGCAGAAUUGGAGCACAGCCAGUGGAAAUCCAACCCAGCAGAAGCAGCCAGUAUGGGGGGCCAGGCUGGCCUUCAUACGGGGAGGACGAGGCGGGUCGGAGAGAGGCUACACACAUGCUCGGACAUCAAGAAUAUUCUUCUUCACCGCUGUUUCAGGUGCCAAGGACUUCAGGCAGGGAACCCUCGGCUCCUCCCGGAAACCUCACCCACCGGGGGCUGCAGGGCCCUGGGCUAGGCUACCCCACCAGCUCCACAGAAGACCUCCAGCCCAGCCACUCCUCAGCCUCCCUCAUCAAAGCAAUCCGUGAGGAGCUGCUCCGGCUCUCCCAGAAGCAGAGCGCCGUGCAGAACUUCCACAGCUGAUCCAUCUUGCCUUGCAGAUUUGCCAAGUAUCCGCUUCCCGUGGAAGCAAGACCAAAAGAAAAUCAACUGAGUGGGUGCUGGGGAGAAGAACAAGCAUUUCCUGGGCAAGCUGCCCAAGUAAGAGAGCAAGUUGCAAUUCUUGAAGAUGCCAUAAGUCACAUGAUGGCUCAUGAUAACUUUUCCCGGGUUGGCAAUUUUGUGACUACUUGGGUUCAGUCAAAAUGUGUGUACUCUCUGGCCAAAAGCCAGCAACACUUCACAAAAACAAAUGUAAGCUAACAAAACUACUACGUUAGUCUCCUUUUUAAAGGCAAAAGUUUAAAAUGUGUAGAUGGAUAUAGGGAUUAAAGAAAUCAAGUGUUUCCGUGGGAUUCAGACUGAUGUGUACGAUGAACCUGCUGCUUUGUUUUCUGAGAAAAGAGAUUUGAAGACAUUUUAUUAACAGCUUGAUUUUCCUCUUUUACUCCAUAGGAACUUAUUUUAAUAGUAAUACUAACAAGAAUACUAAGACUGUUUGGGAAUUUUCAAAAGGUACUAGUGAGAAACCAAAUGGUAGGUUGUAGAGCCUGGUGACUCCAAGCGAAGCCAUCACCUGCAUUCUUCCUCCUCCUUCUGGUGCUACAGCCUGAGGGCCUUCACCUUUAUGUCUGAAACGCAACUGGCCUUUUCAGUGGAAGAAUAUGUUGAAGGUUUCAUUUUGUUCUAGAAAAAACAUAGAAACCCUCCCAAGGGUAGGGGGAGGAGCUUAAUAUUUAUUUGGUUAUUCAAAAUACAUAUCAGGGUUUAGAUUUACA